UACAGGUGUGGCUGCGUCCGAACGCUAUAUACCUGAUGCCUCUAUUUGGCAGUUGUCUGUAGAUUAUGUGCAAACAAGUGAAGUUCCAUCGCGGUGCAGACCUGGAAUUUUGUUGAGAAAAGAUAUAGGAGAAAGAUAUGGGGUGCAAAAGCUCGUUGGUUAUCCAUUUGGGGUUCUGGUUCUACCUACUAAGCGGUGGACUAGUUUUUUAUUAUCUUGAAAGCCCAACGUAUCAUCUCUCAUCGCUACCUAAACAAAUCAUGAUAAACGACACGUUCUGUCAGCAUCUUGUCAAUUCAGUUGAAAAUCUCGUGAAAAGGCGUGACAGCGUGCAACGAGAAGAUUCGUUAGUGUGGUUGGCCGCUGUGCAAGAAUCGUGCAACACUUUAACAUUUUUAAACAAGACCGAUGAGUGCGCGAAUGGAGACAAUCCGUGGGAAUUUUCAAGCGCAUUGUUUUUGUGCAUGACAAUCCUCACCACCGUCGGUUACGGAAAUUUCAGUCCAAAAACCAGUUGGGGUAAAAUCUUCUGCAUGUUUUACGGGCUCAUUGGAAUCCCGAUAUGCGGAGUGUUUCUCACUUCGACCAGCGACUAUUUCAGCAAUGGCUUUCUGCACCUGUACGAACGACAACAGGAGAAAUUUAAGAAAGAUAAACAACUCAGCAUCUUCAUUGCAGCGAUCUUAUUUUUCCUUCCUGGACUUGCUAUCUUCCUUUUCAUUCCCGCAGCGAUUUUCGUUUUCAUCGAGGAUUGGUCUUACCUGGAUGCUACAUAUUUUUCGUUUGUCACGCUCACAACCAUUGGCUUUGGAGAUAUUGUUGCAGCUCAGCAAACGAAUUUCCCGCUGUUGUGGUUCUACCGUGUUUGUUGGAUUAUCUGGGUCACGCUAGGUAUCGCAUAUUGGGCCAUAAUCAUUACCUUCAUCACAAAGGCUCUCAAGUCGAAAGAAUUAAGGCAAAAAUGGGAGGAAACAAGUCAUGCACUCGCUGCGCAAGCUAUGGAGAUGCGAAAAGUUGUGGGACAUCAGCUCUCAUACAAUGGUCAACACGGGAACGCAUUUAUAGCUUUGAAAUCCAAAGCCGCCUUUGAUUUCGCUUUACAAUUUACGGGUUCCAUGGGAAACGUAAAGGAUGAAGUAAAGCGUCAGCCUCUCCCUGGUAUCGCAACGGCCUUCAAACCUGAUCUUGGCCGUGGGAUAUUCGCCUUGAUGGAGUUGUCUGUUAUGAGACUUGGUCAAUAUCAACAACCACUCAAUCAAUCUACUCCGAGUUCUACCGAGGAUCAAGUCGACAACUCCAAGCAAACUAAUGAAGCUAUUCGACCAUCACUUAUCAACGCCAAGUCUUCCAGCAUGGAUUCCGGUUUUAAUGAUUCCGAUAUAACAGAUAGCAUUAAUGAUAUGAACCCAAAUCCGUCAAGAGAGCUAUCAAAGAAAAAUAGUCGCAGUUCUCUUCCUUGCACACCGGAGACGAAGGCCAACGUGAAAAAAGAAAGCAAAUGGAAGUUAUUGUCUCGCAGCCAAACUCAACCUGAAUUGCAACAUCGUAAUUCGUUCGAAGGUCCACCACUUCGAAAUCUGCUUAUGGAAGCCAUGCUGAUUCUUAACGAAGCAGAAGAAAGAGGAACUAACCUUCAUCAAACUUAAAAAAAAAAAAAGUGUUACUUAUGGCCUCACUGUAAUACAUAUGUU